AUGUCAGCUGAUCCUACACAGUCCCUAUCUGGGACACACGGCCUGCUCCAUGGCCACCGGACCCGGUCAUAUGGCAGUCUUGUGGCCUCUUCAUCAUUACCCCCCAUUAGACAAAGACGAAUUGAACACAAAGUUAAGCCCGGUGAUACUUUGCAAGGACUGUCACUGAAAUACGGCGUGUCGAUGGAACAAAUCAAAAGGGCAAACAGACUGUACACAAAUGAUUCAAUAUUUCUGAAGGAGUCCCUUUUCAUCCCUGUUAUGACAGAGUCUUUGUCUUUCACAAAUGGAGUAAAUUUAAUUGAGGAGGAAACAAGCUCAGGACAAACACACUCCGAGGUUCAGACCCACACAUGCCAAACAGACUGUAGUAGACUUGAUGAAAAUGCUGAUCUGUCCCCGGUGGAGUACCUUAAAAAGAUAGACAGCUUGAUCAGUCAGUCAAAACAAGCUGCCGUGAAGACCUGCCAGGAGGGAGAGAAACAGUUCUCCUUUAUGGAAGAGCAGCUUCAUUAUAGCAAACCAGCUUCAAGCCCAGCAUCCUUCCAGCAGCCCGUACUGGGAGCCAUUCCCAUUACAAUCACCAAACGGAGCAGGAAUUUGAGGGAUCGGGAGGAUGAGAUCUUUCAGCUUUGAUCUAGGUUGUUCACAAACACCGUUUUAUGUUUUUGAAACAUUUUAGAGGGCUUGCACUACUGGUUUAAUGCAUUAAAAUGUCAGCAGCAUACUUUUUUUUUUUUAAAGAUAUUGCUGGUAUGUAGUAGCUUGCUACUGUAUGUGUGCUGUUAUAUAAAACUGCCACCAGAGCUUUUAACAUGCACUUUGUAAAAGCACUGACAAACUUAAUGCCUAGAAAUGAGGUGAAUUGUAAUUCAAGGCCACACUGUUGUAUUUCUUAAAAUUUAAAAGCUAUGACAAAGUUUUGAGUGUAAUGUGGACACUUGCUUAUUACUGCAUCAAAGCAUCAGAAAUAUGCACGUAUGUAGCUUGAACGAAUGGUACGUUUGAUAAUAGACAUUUAAUACUACCUCACAGGUACCUGUUAGAUCUGUUAUGGUCUAAAUUCAAAAUGUAUAUUUGUAAUUGAAUGUGCCACAACAAAACAUCUUUCAGAUAUUGAUCUUUUAACGUUGUGAAUACAAUGUAGUUUUGCACUUAAAACAUUUAGUGCCAAAAGGAAAUAUUGAAAAAACACAGAUUUACAUGUCAUGAACGCAAGCAGAUCUUCCUCAGUUAACAAUUUGCUCUGAAUGUAGUCUAUUAAGAUUUUUUUAAUGGGAUGGAGUUAAAUUAAUUUAACUAAAGCAAUCAUUACCUGAAUUGAAACUGUAUUCUACCUGUCAGAUGUUGUUGUAUUUGGACCCAUUUUAAACAUGAACCUGUUUAGUAGGUUUGGUAAAAGCACAAAGCUAUUAUAUAAGACACACAAUAAAAAAUUAAACAACACUUUAUUGUAUUUAAAUUAUGUAAUAAACAAUUGAUGAGG